AUGGCCGAAGUCGACGACGCCGUCAUCGACGUUGUAGCGUCCGAGGUGAUCAACGGUUGUACCAUCACCGGCGACAGCGACUAUUCGGACAAGGCCGUGGACCCGACGUCCGUGGAGAUGCGCGUCAAGCGCAAGGCCAAGCGGCUGGCCAAGUCCCUGUCCCGGGACAGCGGCAUCGUCAACGGGCACGGCGGCACGGCCACCGUGGUGCAGCUCAAGCGGCGCUGGAAGAACAACCGAAAGUCCCGGAACGGUUUCACCAAGAGGGGCGAGAUCAAAAAGGGUGGUGCUGGUGGCAAAGGUGUUUGGGGAAAGCUAGGUGAAGAGAGUGAUAUGGAUGCCGCUAUUGAUAUGAAGGAUCCUAAUUAUGAUAGUGAUUUGUUGGACGAUGACAAUAUUGUGCUCCGAGAAAUCACCCCAGAAUCGUCUGAUGAAGAACUCAAGAAUUCCAUUACCUUUAAUAUUCUUGAGUAUUAUGAACAUGGCGAUACUGAUGAAGCGGCCAUGACACUAAGCGAGCUAAACAUAGUUAGCAAAUGGCAUUUGAUUACUCAAGUUGCUGUUGAAGUAGCUCUCGAGCACAAACCAUCUCAGAGAGAGAUGACAUCUGUAUUGUUAUCAGAUUUAUAUGGGCGCUUAAUUAAGCAAAAGGAAAUAGCCCAAGGAUUUGAUGUUAUUUUGGCUAAUCUUCCUGAUCUCAUUCUUGAUACUCCCGACGCUCCUAUCGUUGUUGGUUGUUUCUUAGCCAGAACCAUUGCAGAUGACUGUCUCCCACCAAAAAUUAUAGACUUCUUCAAAGAGAAAAACUACAGCGAUUUAGCAAAUCAAGCAUUAAUCAAGGCCCACAACUUGUUGAAUAUAAAACAUGGACUGACUAGACUUGAUAAUGUUUGGGGUGUUGGUGGUAGCCUGAGGCCAGUGCAGUAUCUUGUAAGACAAAUGAACAUGCUUUUGGAUGAAUAUUUAUGUUCCGGUGAUUUACAAGAGGCUAUCAGAUGUAUUUUAGAAUUGGAAGUACCACAUUUCCAUCAUGAACUUGUUUACGAGGCUGUUGUUGAUGUUAUUGAAGCUAUGAAUACUCAUACCGAAAUUUCUAUGUGCAAAUUACUUAAAGCAUUGUAUGAUGCUAUUAUUAUAACUCCUGAAAUGAUGAACAAAGGUUUUGAUAGAGUGUUUGAUGUUCUUGAUGAUAUUUCUAUUGAUGUUCCACUAGCAUCUGCUGUCCUUGAACGUUUUUUGGAUAAGUGCAUCAAUGCUGGAUUUUUAGAAAGGGAUGUGUUGCUUAAAAUACCAACAAGAGCAUCUCGUAAGCGAUACGUAUCUGAAGGUGAUGGUGGUCGCCUCAAAGAAGCAUAA